AUGAAACAGCUCUUUGUACUUGUCGGACAAUCCUUCCCAUAUUUUGGAGAUUCUGGAGAUCAGGAAGCUCUGCAACGAGGUCAUGAUCGAAGCCAACGAGUUGAAGUUCCGGAGGUACAAACACGAGAUGCCGAUCUUGAGCCAGCAUUUGACCGCGUGAGUACGCUGUCUCAUGGUGAGCUUUGGUUGAAGAAUACUCUCAAUCACAUAGUCACUCAACAGGUUAGUGAACAGCACAGACCGCUGGAUGUUUGGCGAAAGAUUCAGGUGCAGCUUCUUGGACGUGAAGUUCUGGUUCAACAGCUCCUCCACUUUGAUGGAGCAGAACAUCUUGGACUCGAUCAUGGUAAGCUGCUUGGCAAUCUCCAAUCCGUUGAAGUUGAGCAACGCCAAGUCCUGGUUCAAGAUCUUCCAGCUCUCCUGCGCGGUUCUCCACCACGAGUCCAGCAACGUUUGGGUGUCUAG